AUGUCCACCCAGUCCGCCUCAGCGGCAAUCUCCGAGGUCCUCCGGCAGCCAGACGACCUCCUCAAGCUCGCCGCAUACCGCAAGAAGCUGCUCAAGGAGAAGUCAGCACUGGAUGCCAAGCUGGCCAGUGGCGUCAAGGCCCAGCUGGACGCGACGCGAGAUGCGCUAUUGAAGCUGCAAGCGAGUCGCGCGGCCGUAGGGAUGAUUAGGGAGGAGAUGAUGGUUGUUGAGAAGUUGAAGGGGGAGGGUGGGGAAGGAGAGGCUUUUGAUCGGAUCACCAGAGUGUCUACAAUACAUCGAAACUUUGCGCAGACGACCAAAAUGGUCCAAAACCUCCGGUCCAUGUCUGACAAGGUCGCCAACAUACACGCCCUCCUCCAGUCUGACAUGUCACACCCGCUCGGUCCGGCCGGACCUUCUCCCAACCUCCUCAUCAUCCACUUUCAACUCCAGCAGCUCGAGGCAUUCCGGAACGAAACGCUCCAUCAGGCCAAGAAGGGCGGGGCAGAGGAGCGCGAGACGCUGGUCAAUUGGUUUGAGCGAUUGGACAAGGUGGGGAUAGAAUUCGAGGCGUGGUUAUGGGAAAUAGCGGGGAAUGUGGUGGAGCUAGUCAGGAAGGGGAAUGGGGGAACGGUAGUGCGGCUGCUCAAGGUGGUGGAGUUUGAAGGGACCGAGGAUCAAAAGGCCGUAGCCAUGAGGCUAGUCCGGCGUGUCGCCAACUCGGACGCAGCGUCCAAGUUCAAGUCGAUGCAGGCCAACGCUCGGGUCAUCAAAAACUACCGCCAUAAACUGCUCGACGCCAUCAAAGGGUCGAUCAAAACGGCCUUCCAAUCCCAUGCGGAAGAGUACGCGCAGGACCCGCUGGGCUUCAUCGAGACCCUCGGGUGGAUCUACAAAGACAUCAUCCGGAUCAAGGACGAUGUCGACCCUCUCUUCCCGGAAGACUACGAGAUCGUCCCUACCAUGGUCAAGGCGUAUCACCGGACGCUGAACGAGACCAUCGUCAAACUCGUCACAAACGCGCCAGAGGCCAAGGUUCUCCUUGACCUCCACGCGUGGAUCAAGGAGUACCGGGUCUCGAUGAAGGAGCUGGAUGUGCCGGCGGCGUGGCUUCAGCCUCCACUGCUGGAUGGGAAGAGCCAGGACCUCAUCGAGGACUAUGUCAAGCUCAUCGUGUCCAAGCUGGACGAGUGGACGCAGAAUCUCAUGCGGGAAGAGACGGCGAAAUUCUCUUUCCGCAUGAAUCCGCCGGAUCAGGCGGACGACGGGCAGUUGGGGAUGGAGGGAGUCGUAGACUUCUUCCAGCUGGUCAAUCAGCAGUGCGACCUCGCGCUCGAUUCCAACCAGGGCGCGGUGCUCGCGCGGGUGGUCACCGAGUGUGCCAAUGUCAUGCGGCGAGCGCAGGGCGAGUGGCUCGCUGCGGUCAGCCAGGAGGUCAAGGCGCAGGUGGAAAACAAGCCGGAGGAGGUUCCCGGCGGACUGGUCGAGUAUGUCAUUGCACUCGCAAACGACCAGCUCAAAUCGGCCGAUCACGUCGAAUCCCUCUCGGCGCGGCUGGAACCCCUCGUCUCGGAGAAGUACAAGGCGGUGAUCAGUACCAAGCUGAACGAGGCUAUCGACGGCUACCUCGACGUGGCCAAAAAGUGUACCACCUCGCUCGUCCAAUUCGUCUUUAACGACGUUCGCACGGCGACCAAAAACCUCAUCACGCCCGCAUGGUACAAUGAACCCCUGAUGACUCAGAUCAUAGAGACCAUGCGGGACUAUAUGGGCGACUAUCAAACCCAACUCAAUCCCUCUAUAUUCGAUAUCCUCAUUGAAGACCUCCUCGACUCUUUCCUCAUCGUCUACCUCACGGCCCUUCGGCGCGCGCCCGCCCGCGUUUUACGGAUGCCCAUGGCUAUCGACCGGGUCAGGGAGGACGUCUCGGCCUCGUUUGACUUCUUCUCGACAUACAAGAAGCCCGAGGACCUCGAGGUCAACUUUGAGGUCAUGGAUCAGGUGCUGUCGAUGCUGGGCGCGAGCAGUCAGAUGGUCUUUAUGGACUAUUGGACCUUUGCGAAGCGGCAUGGACCGCAGUUGGCGUUUGUGGAGGCGUUGAUUAGGGCAAGAGAUGACUUUGAUAGGCCGAUGGUAGGGGAGAUUAUGGAGACGUUGAGGCGGAAGGUCAAGGAGGAGGGGAUCGUGGAUCCAGAGGAGCCGACUAUCAUGAACAAGGUACAAGUCACCCAAGGAUCGAUGCUCGACAAGCUGCAGCAACUCCCAAAUCUCUCAAAUCUGCAGAACCUCGCGGGAACAUAUCGCGAGCGGAUACAAGAUUACGGCGGGCAGAUCAGGGAGUACAGGGAGAGGCUGCAGGACCGGCUGGGAUAG